AUGGACGAACCAGUCCCUGGAUUACCUCUCGCGCCCUCUUCUGAAAAUCAUGACACGAACAUACCAGAAUCAAACACGACACCAACGCAGCUCCUUCCACAACCAUCACCCCAAGCCAACGUGACCCUUGCUAGCCUCAUGGCCAACUUGACCGCCCACUCACAGCCCGAUAUCACCCAGCCACCGUCCAAGCGUGUCAGACUGGAAGAAAACAACAUCGAUGCUGCUGUUCAAGAUGAACCCCUUACCCCUUCGCUGCACGACAGCCCAGGAGAUCCCACACGUCCGGAAACCUUCUUUGACUGUCAAGCCGACAAGAAACUUGCAGGCUACCUCGGCUUCAUCUCAACAUCUGAACUGCAUAUCUGCGCAAUCUCAUGGCCCCUUCUGCGCGCCACCGUCGCCAUCCACCCAAUCCUUCACAAGCUCAACAAAGAACUGGCGCUUGCUCUAAUCCGCGAUGCUGAGCGCAUUGGAGAGACGGCAGCAAUUGACAAAGGCUGGUCUCUACUCACUUCUGAUGGCAAGGGUAUCUCAAACGCAAGGAAGGCUGAGCACCUCACCAUUGUGCUGAUCAAUUUAAAAUCUGAUCUGGCCACCAUGUCCGCCGCGUCAGACAAGCAAAAUCAGCUGCAACACCAACACGAUUGUCAGAAGUUCAACGCACAAUACCCUACUCACAACUGUCCACAGAUCAGUUACCCUGUCAGACCUCACUUUCUAUCACCAUUGGGAGGUGAGGACUUCCUCGAGUCUUAUAAUCGAUGUUUUCUGCUUCUUCGACACAUGCGAAACAUUCUGAAGACGAACGUUUUCGAUACCAGAUACAAGAACGACAGCUUCAAGUCCGGUCAUCCUAUCAACGAUGAACAAAAACCAGCAUGGAUGCGUUUAGCUGGUCCAUCCAUGGUUACCACCACGGCAAGGCGAGCAAGCCUCGUCACUACCGCUCAAAGCGCAAAUCUCACUACACAUCGCCAACCAACCACUCCAUUCAGCUACUCCACUAUAUCCAGCAUCGAGACAAAACCUCACCACGUUCUCACUGUCAAACCCACUCUACCAACCGAUUCUACCCACCCAGACAAAUCACCAACCAACACCACCCCUCCCCCAAAAUCCUUCACCGUAAUCUGGGACCACACCCUAGAANCCCCCUCUACAAAAGCAUCCCUCAAACACGCUCUAUCCCUCGCUCAAAAUAAAGGCAUCGAUCCCNCCUCCGAACUCCAAAAACUAANNAAAAAAGACCCUAGACAAAUGGACCAAGAGCCAUUGCUGUACGAGCAAAUCCGCAUCCAAUUCAGAUGUCAGUUUCUCGGUAUCGACCUGUGUAAGCUUUUGUUGCAGUACACGACAUCGGCGUUUGGGGAUAGCGUGACGGUGAAGCAGAAUCUUCAAGAUGAGUGUUGGAGUGAUACGCAAGCUGCUCUUGAGGAUCCUGACAAUGGGAAUUUUGUUUUUCGUGUUGGGUUUUUUGCUGUGGAGGAUUAG